AUGGCCAAUCCAAACUCUAUGCUUCCUUUGUAUGAAAAAAAUGGGUACAAACACAAUUACAAAAGAGUAUUGGAUAGCAUAAUUUUAAUCCUUCUUUUGUUGCUGCUUGGUUACCGUUUCAUAUCUGUCAACAACUAUUCCCUUCCUUGGUUUGUUGCUUUAAUGUGUGAAUCUUGGUUCACCUUAGGUUGGAUUUUCACCAUGUCCACUCAAUGGACUCCUGCUCUUGUUAAAACCUACCCUCAACGUCUCCUCCAAAGCGUAGAAGAACUUCCAGCAGUGGAUUUAUUUGUGACAACCGCAGACGAGGAGUUAGAGCCAGCAAUCAUUACACUUCAAACUUCGCAACACAUUGGGUCCCUUUCUGUAAAAAAAUUCAGACAAGAAUGGUUGCAGAUGAAGAAUAUGUAUGAAAAUCUUAGCCAUGAAAUAGAUGUGAACACGAAAUCCAUUCCAACCUUACUUGAAGGAGAGAUUGCAGUUUUCUCAAAUACUAAUCGGACAAAUCAUCCUGCUAUUAUCAAGGUUAUAUGGGAGAACAAGGAAAUGGGUGAAGAUGGAUUGCCACAUUUGAUCUACUUAUCUAGAGAGAAGAGGCCAAAGCAACCACAUCAUUUCAAAGCUGGUGCCAUGAAUGUCUUGACAAGAGUCUCUGGAUUAAUUACCAAUGCACCUUUCAUGUUGAACGUCGACUGUGACAUGUUUGUGAACAAUCCAAAGAUUGUUCAACAUGCAAUGUGCAUUUUGCUUGAAUCAAAAGGAGAAAAAGAAGUUGCUUUUGUUCAAUGUCCUCAACAAUUCUAUGCUACACUCAAAGACGAUCCUUUUGGAAAUCAGAUGGCCAUUCUGUAUAAGUAUAUUGGAGCUGGAUUAGCAGGACUCCAAGGCAUAUUCUACGGUGGAACAAACUGUUUCCAUAGAAGAAAAGUUAUAUACAGUCUUUCUCCUGAUGACUUAGAAAAUGGUACACACAUAUCAGAGGAGGACUUAAAACAAAAAUUCGGAGCUUCGAAGGAACUUACGAAAUCAGUUGUACAUGCUUUGGAAGGGAGGACUUAUUUACCUAGUGACAUUAAUGUUAAAAUAGCAGUUGAAGAAGCUAGUCAAGUUGCUUGUUAUGGAUACGAAUAUGGAACUGCCUGGGGUAAACAGGUUGGUUGGAUGUAUGGAUCAAUAACCGAAGAUGUCUUAACUGGAUUAACAAUGCACGAAAAAGGUUGGAGAUCAGAAUUAUGUACACCAGAUCCAGUUGCUUUCACAGGUUGUGCUCCAUCUGAUCACCCAACAAGUAUGUCACAACAAAAGAGAUGGGCCACAGGAAUGCUUGAAAUCUUCUUUAGCAAGCAUUGUCCUAUUUUUGGUACCAUAUUUGCUAAACUUUCUUUUAGGGAAUUCUUAGCUUAUAUGUGGAUCAUUAAUUGGGGCUUCAACCCAGUUGCUCUAGUAUGCUACUCUUGUCUCAUUGCUUAUUGCAUCAUUACCAACUCAUAUUUCUUGCCAAAGGAUCAGGGCAUAUAUAUUCCUAUAACAAUAGUUGUGAUUUACAAUGUAUAUACUCUAUAUGAAUAUUUGGCUUCAGAUAUGUCAACUAGAGCAUGGUGGAACAAUCAAAGAAUGUCAAUAAUAACACCUAUGAAUGCUGGAUUAUGUGGAUUUAUUACCGUGUUACUAAAAUUAUUGGGAAUAUCCAACACUGUUUUUGACAUAACAAAGAAAGCUCUUCCCCCGUUUAGCGACGAUACACGCGAUAAGAAUGCCGGUAGACACACGUUUGACGAGUCGUUGAUAUUUUUGCCGGGAACUACUGUCUUGUUGUUGCAAUUGACAGCAAUAUUGAUCAAGUUAUUAGGGCUUCAAAAACAAGUAAUGAGGGGGAAUUAUGAGUGUGGAAUGGUUGAAAUGUUGUGUAGUGUGUAUUUGAUCAUAUGUUACUGGCCAUUUCUUAGAGGAUUGUUUGAGACAGGCAAAUAUGGGAUUCCUUUGACUACAAUAUGCAAAGGAGGAACUUUGACAUGUUUGUUUGUCUUUCUAUGUAGAAGGACAGUUUCUGGUUGA